GCUCCGCCCAGGGGCGGGCUCCGCGCUCUCCCGCCUCCGACGGGCCGCCAUCCCCGUCUCGGUUCCCGCCGCCGCCGCCAUGGAGGAACAGAAAGAGAACCGCCCGCAGGCCGCCCGGGACGAGGCGGCGGCUGCUCCCGCAGCCCGCCCGCCGGGUAGACAGCAUUGUAGGAUCAGUGAUCAAGAAACUAAUGGCAAAACCUCAGCUGCCAGUUCAAACGACUUCAGCGAUCCGAUUUACAAAGAAAUUGCUAUAACCAAUGGUUAUAUCAACAGAAUGACCAGAGAAGAGCUCAGAAGUAAACUCGCAGAGUUCAAGCUUGAAACCAGAGGAGUGAAAGAUGUACUGAAAAAGAGAUUGAAAAACUAUUAUAAGAAACAGAAGCUGAUGCAGAAGGAACACAUUAGUGGAGACAGCUGCUAUGACUACAUCUGUGUCGUUGACUUUGAAGCAACCUGUGAAGAAGGAAAUCCGCCUGAAUUUGUACAUGAAAUAAUUGAAUUUCCUGUUGUCUUAGUAAACACACGUACCCUGGAAAUAGAGGAUACCUUUCAGCAAUAUGUGAAGCCAGAGAUUAAUCCCAAGCUUUCAGACUUCUGCAUCAGUCUGACAGGAAUAACCCAGGACAUUGUUGAUAAAGCUGAUAUUUUUCCUCAAGUUCUGCAGAAUGUCAUAGAUUGGAUGAGACAACGAGAGCUGGGAACAAAGUACAGCUAUUCCAUGUUGACUGAUGGAUCUUGGGAUAUGAGUAAAUUUUUGAACAUCCAGUGCCGUAUUAGCCGUAUCAAAUACCCUUCUUUUGCCAAAAAGUGGAUCAAUAUUCGCAAAUCAUAUGGGAACUUCUACAAGGUUCCUAGGAACCAGACCAAGCUGACAAUCAUGCUUGAAAAUCUGGGCAUGAGUUAUGAUGGGAGACCUCACAGUGGACUUGAUGACUCUAAAAACAUUGCAAGGAUAGCCAUAAGGAUGCUGCAGGAUGGCUGUGACCUGCGGGUGAAUGAGAGAAUUCACGGUGGGCAGCUGAUGACAGUCUCCUCCUCGGUCCCCUUAGAGGGAGCCCCUGCUCCACAGAUGCCCCGCUACAGAAACUAGCAGAUCAGGGCUCUGCCCCGGGGGCUGUCCUCAGAUACCCGCUAAAGACUCCAGAGCUUAUUAAAUGGCCACCUCUGCCAGCUUGUCUGCCGUGCAGAAUCCUAAAGCACCUUAACUAAUCAUCUCUGUUGAAAUAAAAAGGAGCAUGGAAGCUGUUUGUUCUUUGAAGCCUAUUACAGCGAUUUCUUUUUGUACUGAUGACUUCUGUUGUUGUUUCCAACUUUGCUAGCAGUGAGGUUGAUAUCUGGAAUCCAGACAAAGUGUUAAGCUUUUAAGAAAGUGUAAUUUGAGCACCUGCUAAGAGGGAUUGGGCCUGUGUGCUGCUGUACCACCCCAGUCUGUGGGCAGUAUUUGUUCACUGUGAUGUACUCCAAUGAUAUCUAGCAUCUGCUUAUUCAUUGCAUACAAAUAAGCCAUUCCUGGAAGAACUGAAAGAGCAGUGGUUGGACUGGCCCUUCCUGAUAAGGCACUCUGCUAAGGGUUCCUACAAUUUUUUUAUUUUUUACAAAGUCUAGGAGAAAUGGGUGUGCAUUCAUCAGUUCUAAAGCAGUAGAGGAGUACUCUGUUGUUUGAGGUUCUUCUUUAAGGGAUAUGUUUGUCUGCUUCCCCAUCAAAUGGAAGAGCUGGGUGUUGAAUAAAAAUUUAAUUAAUGUAGAA